GCCCAAAGGAAGCAUGGGAAACAAAGCCUUGUCCCAUGACAGUGUCUUCAUUUUUGAGUCUACACCAGGAAAUGUGGCAGGUGACACGUCAUCUCAGGAAAACAUACCUGGGAGAGUGAAAACUUUACAGCUUCAGUUGCAGCAGAACAUCAGACUUGGAUCAACUCCUCUUGUUAUAACUGGAAAGAAACUGGAAGAUGCAGGUGCUGUUUCUGAAGACGAUGGUUUACCUAGAAGCCCUCCUGAAAUUUCAACCCUUCAUGAAGUUCUGACAGAUUCACCAAGCAAGUCCUCCAACCCUGUUCAACGUCAUAGCUCUUUGAGUUUAGGUGGGACAGACAGUGAAGAUGAACAGAUACCUUCUGGAUCUUCCUCCAGGCCCAUCAGUCCUUCAUCCUCUGCCACUCUGGGGACCUCCGGCUUACAAGGCAGCAACAUCCUUCCUGUUGACUUCACCAUCCCUGCCAGUCCCUUGGGCUGCCUGGACACCUCAGCAGCCAGGCACAGGAUUGCCAUAAAUCCCCGGAAACAGAAAGGCUUUACCAGCAAGAAUCAGCAAAUGCCCCAGGAAAGACUGAAGGAUGUUGAGAAAGAAUGUGGCCCUGCAUGGUUAUCAGCCCAGGUGGGAUAUUGUGCAAAGGGAGGCGGUUCUAAGGAGGCAUCAGGUAUAAAAUGUCCCACUGAUGCUGCCCUUGACUCUCGUGAUUCCACACAUGUGGCAGAAGACUCUUGUGCUUUGCUGCAAGAGGAUGCAUGCCUUCCAGACAUGGACCAUGACUGUAAAGCAGCUGCACCCAUUCUGAGAACUGAGCCUUCCCCAGUGAACCUGGAGGAACACCACAGUACAAAAGUGUUGUACUGUUCAGAUGAGUCUGCUGAUGAAUUGAAAUUACAUCAGCAAAAUACCAAUACUGAAGUAUCUGCACUUCCAAAACUGCAACAAGUUGAAGGAGAAGCUGUUGGGUUUCCAGACAUGCUAGCAGUGGACUUGUUUAGCAAUAGUGUGGAAACAGAGGGCAUAGAUACACUGGCAGAUGUUGCACAAAAGUCCUCAGUAAAUUCUGUGGACCCAAACAUCAAAGACCAGGAAAAGGGGGAUCUACUGUUUAUUGGUAAAGUAGAAGCCUGCUUGGGUACUACUGAGAAUUGUUCCAACCAUGCUGUCUCAGAUACUGUACCAAGCACUUCACAGGUUCCAGUAGCCGAUUCAGAAUCUUCUUCUGACAUCAAGACAGUGGCUGUUUUGAAGCCUGAAAACAGCUCAGUAAUAAGAAAUGACAAAGAAAGUUGUGAAGUAGUGGAAUUUCAGUCAUCUAAAGGCAAUGCAGAAAAAAAAGUAGACACUGCUGCAACUGGCUCAGAAGCAGGUUGCAUGCUACCUCCCAGUGAAUUGGAAGUUUGUUUUAAAGCAGAAACUGUUUCUGUUUCGAAGGGUAACCAAGGCAGUCAACGGGCCAACACAUCAUACAUUUCUGAAAAACUUUCCAUUGGAUGUCUUGCCUCUUCAAGUUUGGCUGGCUUGAAGAGUAAUAUCUCUUAUGAUGAUGACAAUAAGGAGCACCAGAUAAGCAGUACAGCGUCUCACAGAAAAACAGUGGAAGACAGUCGAACUUCAGAUGAAAAUGUAAAAAGUCCACUGAAGACUGCUUCUGCUAAACCAGUCAGAUUUACCAUUGCACCAGCGUGGCAAAGAUCUCUCUCAGGGGGUUCAAAUUCAAAGGAAGAUUCCUAUACCAGAAGUUCCCCAACAUCUCCUAUAAGACCAGAGUUGUUUGAAGGAAUGACAAAAGAACAUAUGCGUUCUGAUGCAGUCAUCCAGGAAUCAGCAAAAACCAACUCAGAUAGAUUUGAUCGAGAUUGUAAGGACAGUGAUUUGCAUUUGAAUUCUUCUAUGGAGUGGGCUGACCAUGAAGCACAAAAUGUUGAAAACCCGUUUGGGGUCAGACUAAGGAGAACAUCUUCUUUACUAAAAUACCAGAAUGAAAGCCGUGCUGAGUCUCCAAAGCUGAUCCCCUCAGCUGUUCCCACUGCUGCUUCUGCUUCAGUCAAGGAGGAUCAGAAAUUGGUGGGCACUGGGAAGCCACCUCCAGGUCUUCCUGUCAGCACAAAAUCAUUUGUUAAAAAACCAGAUCUCCUAGAAGACAAAAAUCCUCCCAAGACAAGAUCAGAGGAGGUGGCAAAGAAGCAAAACUCUGAACCAGCUUGGGUCUCCAUGGCAAAACUAAAACAAAAGGGUUUUCAGGACCACCUUCUUGCCAAAGAACAUGAAGCUGAAGACAAAGCUUUGACCAAGGUCAAUCAAGAGGAGGUAGAGUACCAACAAGGGAUCUGUGCUAGUGAGAAAGUACUGAAGAAGAAUAUGCCUUCCAGCUUGAGCUCUCAGGACAAGAAAACGCAAAUGAAGAGCAGUGUGUCUGCUGCAGCAGGUAAAGUUGGACCUAUUGCGCAGGAAGCAUCUGUGAUUCCUUCUGUUGAAAAGGAAGCAAGACACUCCUCUAACCUGCCAAUGACAAGUGCUGAACCACCGUGGCUAUCCCUGGCCAAGAAGAAAGCAAAAGCAUGGAGUGAAAUGCCUCAGAUUGUACAAUAG